GUCGGCCGAGGCGUGUCCGGAUAGUCACCACGCAGAACGCCGGGCAGCUUCGACAGACGCAGAUUGUCGUGCGCGUGGGAGACUCACAUCGUCUUUGCCAGUCGCUGUCGUCGUGUGACGCGAAUCAAAGCCAUCAUGCCCGAGACGGCCGAGUCGCACGCCUUCCACCUGACCACCAACCGCAACUGCACCAUGGAGGUGCUCAACCUCACCUCAAUGUACUGCCUCACCAACCCCAAGGUGUACAUGGAGAGCGGCUUCCCCUACAGCCCGCCGCAGCCCACCGUGCGCACGCAGCGCGGCGAGGUGUGCUCCUUCACCAAAGAUGACAACACGGCCUCGGGCGCCGUGGGCGUGCUCACCUACGAGCUUUUCCACAUGAACUCGAAGAAGUGCACCGAGAUGAUGGCCGUCAUGUUCUCCGUGCCUUUCGACUACAACUUCUUCAAGAAUUGGGUGGCCAUCGGCGUCUUCCCCAAGACCACGCCCACCGACGAGAAGCUCUACAAGCUCAUGUACAACGACAAGGGAAGCUUCGUGCGCCACAAGGCCGACGGCGGCGGCCUGGAGUACCAAGGCAACGACGUGGACCUGGCCGCCACCAUGUCCGACGAAGGCCACGCCAUCAUCAAGUUGGAGAUCCACGACAGGGGGAAAUGAUGCCGGCCGCCCUCGCCACUCUUGCCUCAAUAAAAGCGGCGCCUCGCAGCCAAAC